AUGUGGUUUGUCUGUCUCGCGGGAGCGGGGCUGCGUUGCGACUCAUGGAAAUUCUGGCACAGCGCCUCAAACACAGUCAGCCAGCAUCUUUCAUCUGAUCCUCGAUCCUCAGAUGCCAUUAGGACCGAACAGCAUCUCGACAAUGGACCCCUAAGGCCGAGAUACUCAAUCACUUGGACUAGACGCCAAAUGGCAGCGAGGAUCAUGCCCGUCCCACCGCCUCUCCCUCUCAGUGCUCCACGUUGUCAACUUUUGCCCAGCCCGAGCUUGGGGUGA